CGCAUUGAUUCAGUCCCGUCGGGCAACCGGGCAACCCUAAAAGGCGGAGCUUGUCCGCAUCACAAUGCUCUUGCUUUGCUCGGGCAACCAUAACAAUAGGACGAGGCACGGUACAAACAAGGCAUCUUUAUCUAUUCGGUGACAACCGUACAGUAAAGGAGCCGAGCCUCGUUCUUGUGAGAAACACGAAAUGCAGAAAGGCUGCCUGCAUUAGUCCUCUCACCAUCGACAAACACAUACCACGGCUUAUUUGCAGGUUGUUGCUCCCUGUCUGACGGUUAUUACUCCGUCGCAGUUGCCCCUCCUCCCAGGUCCCGGUUCUCAACAAAGCCGAGCCUUUUCCAGGCCCUCCAUCCGGGCCCCAUCCAAUCAUGCCGGCUUCCGUGGCCGCCGAGCUGACGGCCGUCUUCAACGGCACGACAGCUCCCGAGUCAAACGGCACAAUUGCGAAAAGAGCACACUAUGCACCGCCAUGGGCCGACGUCAGUAUCAUAGGCAUUGCCGGCAGUUCGGGGUCGGGCAAGUCUACGCUGUCACAUGCUAUCGUGAACAAGCUCAACCUGCCAUGGGUAGUCAUUUUGUCCAUCGACUCCUUUUACAAAAGCCUAGACGAGGAGGCGUCGCGGAAAGCAUUCCGGAAUGAAUACGAUUUUGAUGCACCAGACGCCAUAGACUUUGAUGUCUUGGUAGAGCGCCUGCGCGAUCUUAAAGCCGGAAAACGGGCCGAGAUCCCCGUUUAUUCGUUUGAGAAGCAUGCCCGUACGGACCGAACGACGUCCAUCUAUUCUCCGCACGUACUGAUCGUUGAGGGCAUCUUUGCUCUGUAUGACCCGCGAGUUCUUGAGCUCAUGGACAUGAAGAUAUUCUGCGAGGCCGAUGCAGACACCUGCCUUUCACGAAGGAUAUUACGUGACCAAAGGGACCGUGGUCGAGACAUUGAGGGUAUCAUCAAGCAAUGGUUCGCCUAUGUGAAGCCCAACUUUGAAAAGUUCGUCGACCCUCAGCGGAAGGUGGCCGACAUCAUCGUGCCGCGGGGCGUCGAGAACCAAGUUGCCAUGUCUAUGGUGGUUCAGUUUAUCAAGCAGAAGCUGCUCGAAAAGUCAACGCACCACCGCGCGGCACUCACCCGCCUCGAAAUCGGGGCACAGUCCGAGCCCAUAUCCGAAAAGGUAACGGUGAUGAACCAGACGUCGCAGAUGCAGGGCAUGAACACCAUCAUCCACAACAUCGACACGUCCAGCGAGGACUUUAUCUUUUACUUUGACCGCCUCAGCGCCCUCCUAGUCGAGCAAGCACUCAACAACAUUCCCUUCAUCCCGGCCGAGAUCGCCACUUCGCAAGGCCGCACCUACGCCGGGCUGCGUCCCAAGGGCGAAGUCUCGGCCGUCACCGUCCUCCGGGGCGGCGCAGCCCUAGAGGCCGGCCUCCACCGGUGCAUCACCGACUGCAAGACAGGCCGGAUGCUGGUCCAGAGCAACAUCCGGACGGGCGAGCCGGAGCUGCACUACCUGGUACUGCCGCCGGACAUCGACAAGCACGAGGCGGUGCUUCUGCUAGACGCGCAGAUGAGCAGCGGCGGUUCCGCGCUGAUGGCAGUGCAGGUGCUGGUCGACCACGGCGUCAAGGCGGACCGGAUCGUGCUGGUCACGUACAGUGCCGGGCGCAUGGGGCUGCAUCGGCUGACCAAGGUGUUCCCCGAGAUCACGGUGGUGGUUGGGCAGGUCGUGCAGGAUAUCGAGGAGAGGUGGGUGGAGAAGAGGUAUUUCCGGUGUUAACCUGCUCGGGGACGGAGGUCACUCGGCGUUGGGAUAUGAGAGAAGGAGGGGGUUGCAUAGCAUGGCCUGGCGUUUUCAUCUCUUCCUUCUGGAUUUGACGAGAUCGACAAAACUGACAUAUUCUGGAUCCAUCUAACUUACAUCAUAUUGCUCGCGACUGAUCAGUGGGUGUUAGCGUCGCCGCCGAUCCGAACAUAGAACGCGACCCUUCCUGUAUCCACAUUCCCUUCUGUGUGUACGGUUGUGGGUGCAGGUUCCUUUCAAAGUCUUUGAGCAAGGUUCUGAACUUCCUAUUUCAUCCAUGUCAGAACGCAAUAAUACUUGAAACCUUCCGAGACCAGCUUCUACUAGACUCGCUUGAUA